AUGGCCCUCAUCUCGCCCACGGGACACGCCAUCAUCAACACGGCAUGGCCCGAGGCUUACUUGCCAGACUCGGUAGCCGUGCUCAGGCAAUCCUCUCAAUUGCUCUACUCUGCCGUACUCGGCGCUCAGGUCUGGGAGAUCCUGACGACGCUGCACCUCGACUACCAGAUGCUGUUCCGCAAGCAGGUCACCCUGGGAACCGUCGCAUACAUGGCAUCGAGAUGGGCAGCCUGCGCACAUUCCAUCGGUUUCGUCGUCUUUGCGUCUGCGCGUCUGCCGCACCAUUUCUGCCAGCACGCCAUUGCCGCAUUCAGCGCGUGCUACGCCAUUGCCGGUCCAUCCACCGCCCUUUUGCUCUAUCUGCGCGCCAUGGCGCUGUACCGAUGGAACCGCAAGCUGGCCAUCCUUCUCGGCACAUUCUGGUUGGCCAUACUGGCGACCGGAAUCGCUGCCCCCUUUGCGCUGUCUGCCAUCGAGAUUGCCGACACGAAGAGGUGCAUGCUUCGUCACGCCGACAUCUUUGCCAAAGCGCCCGUCAUUGCACUCUUCCUGCACGACACGGUGGUUUGGCUUGCGGUCAGCGCGCGCAUCCUCUUUUACGACAUUUCCAACGGUCAGUGGGGAAGGCAAGCGUUUGAAAAGCAUCGUCGAGAGGGACUCACUCCGAUUGUGGCGGAGCUGUUCAAGCAAGGCACGCUGUAUUAUGGGUGAGUGAGUGUGGAUCUCGGGCGCACUCGUCAGCUUCGCUGACGACGAUGUUCCAACAGCGUGGUGGUGUUCAUGAACAUUCUUUGCUUUUGCUCUCUCAUCGUGCCCCACGCGCAUCCCGUUGCCAAGCUGAUGCUCGCCAUUCCCAAUCUAGCCGUUACCGCUUCAAUGGGAGGGCGAGUGCACAGGCAAAUGGUGUUUGCCACUACCAGGCCCCUCUCGUGGAUCGCCAUUGAUCCUCGCGCCAAGCGAGUGUCUAGCUUUGGACUGCGCUCGCCCACCUCGCCGCGCAAUGCGCACGUCGACGAGGCCGUCAUGGAGCUUCCUGAGCGCCGCAACUUGGCCAGUCCGAGGGCGCCCUCGCCUGCGAUACCGAGGUCCCCAACGGUGCGCAUCCACGACCAAUCCCGUCCUCGUCUGCCCGCUUAUCCGCCUUCGCCUCGCGAGGCGAUGCGCGCAGCACCGAAAAUGCCCAGCAUUGUAGAGACGUCUGGGGUUGCAGACGACGACAUGGAUCGACGGGGCAAGCGUGCCUUGAACUCGCAGGCAGAGAUCGAAAGACUUGGCAAUCCAGGCGAGACCGUGGCGCUUGGCCUUACAGGUAGCCGCUGCGAAGAGGGCGUGGGCGGUCUUGACAAUGCAAAGACGAGCGACUCGGACACGAAUGGCGCAAUUGUGCCAGUACGGUCGGAGCGAUAA